AUGAGUUCAAUGCGUUGCUAUUUGCCUUACAUCCAAACUAUAUUUGUCUUGGUCGUGCCAAUUUUGUUGCAAUUCAGAAUUCUUCUCACGACCGCUGCUAUUUGGAGUGGUAACACGUCAGAUCAUCUAGCACUGCUCGCCUUCAAGUCUAAGAUUAUUCACGACCCGGAAGGUGUUAUGGAUUCAUGGAACAAUAGUGUCCACUUCUGCAACUGGCAAGGGGUUAUGUGUGGCAACCGACACCAGCGAGUCACCAUCUUGGACUUGCAUGCGAGAAGGUUAACAGGAUUCAUAUCUCCUUACAUAGGAAACUUGAGCUUCCUUCGAGUCUUGAGGCUCAAUAACAAUAGCUUUCAAGGUGAAAUCCCACCACAAGUUGGCAAUUUAUUCAGGCUGCAUAAACUAUUCUUGUAUAAUAAUUCACUGACGGGUGAAAUCCCACCACAAGUUGGCAAUUUAUUCAGGCUGCAGGAACUAUUCUUGUCUAAUAAUUCACUGACGGGUGAAAUCCCAGCCAACUUAUCUCACUGCUCCAAUCUUUUGUAUUUUCGAAUUGGUAUGAACAAUUUGGUUGGUAAACUACCAACAGAGCUUAGUUCAUUGUCAAAGCUCAUUGGUCUUACAAUGGGAAAAAACAAUUUUAGCGGAGAGAUUCCUUUUUUCAUCGGAAAUUUUACAUCUCUUGAGUUUAUAAGUAUGCCUUUCAAUGCUUUCACAGGAACCAUCCCAGAGGCCUUGGGCCAGCUCCAAUCUUUAACUUUUCUUUCACUGGAUGGCAAUAAACUCUCUGGUAAGAUACCUUCAUCUAUCUACAACCUUUCAUCAUUAAUAACACUCUCCCUAAUAGAAAACCAACUCUCUGGCAGCAUCCCAUUAGAACUUACAUCUAUGUUUCCCCAGCUUCAAUAUCUAGCGCUCGGUGAUAACCAUCUCACAGGACCCCUACCUGUGUCACUGCCCAACUUUUCAAAUAUAGAAUAUUUUGAAGUAGAAGCUAACUAUUUUACUGGGAAAAUAUCAAUUGAUUUCAAACUCUUGCCUCGCCUCUAUUUUUUAAACUUAGGCAACAAUAGUUUGGGGACUGGAGAACCUGACGAAAUGGAUUUUCUUCAAUCUUUGGUCAACUGCACAAAUUUGAGAUUAUUGAGCGUUGCAUUCAACCAACUAAAAGGAUCCUUGCCUAAGAGCAUCGGGAACCUCUCAGCCACAAUGUCUAUCUUAACCUUUCAACAAAACCAUAUAUAUGGAGAGAUCCCUUCAGAAAUAAGCCAUCUAACAGGACUACAAAGGCUAGUUCUGGGUGAGAAUGAAUUCAAGGGAAAAAUUCCCUACAACAUUGGCAAUCUUAAAAAGCUGCAGAAAUUGUCUCUUCGUUCCAACAGGCUAGAGGGAGAUAUUCCGAAGUCAAUAGGAAACCUCUCAUCCUUGAUCCUUUUUUACUUGGAUGACAACAUAUUGCAAGGAAAAGUUCCAAAGACCCUUGAAAACUGCCAACAAUUAUUAUGGUUGAAUCUUUCUUUCAAUAACCUGAUAGGAGCCCUUCCCAAAGAACUCUUCGACAUUUCAACUCUUUCAAUUUCACUCAAUUUAGCAUGGAACCAUUUCUCUGGGCACCUACCCUUAGAAGUUGGCAAUCUAAAAAAUUUGGCAGAGUUGGAUGUAUCUCAAAAUGACUUGUCCGGUGAGAUUCCAACCACGCUUGGUAGUUGCAAUAGUCUUGUGGCCCUUUUCUUACAAGGAAACUCCUUUCAAGGUUUUGUACCUUCAUCUUUACAAUCUCUUCGAGGUCUUUCGAAUUUGGAUCUUUCUCGAAACAACUUUUUUGGUCAAAUCCCAAAGUACCUGGCAAAAUUCUCUUUGAACAAUUUGAAUUUAUCUUUCAACGAUCUUGAGGGUGAAGUUCCGAUCGAAGGAGUUUUCUCAAAUGCAACUGCAAUAUCAGUCUUGGGGAAUCCUAGACUUUGUGGAGGCGUACCUGAAUUACACCUGCCAACAUGCACCAUGAAACAAUUGAAGAGACAUCCUACGUCUUUUAGAAUCAUCUUGCUGAUCUCUAUCCCAUCUAUGGCGAUUGUGGUUGUUGUGGUAUCAUCGACAGUAUUUUGUUGCUCCAAGAAGAAAAGCAAAGAUUCAAUUUUUUAUUCGUUGACGAUGAAUGCAUUUGAUAGAAUAUCAUACGACAACCUCUUCAAAGCAACUAAAGGCUUCUCUUCAACAUACUUGAUUGGAACAGGCAGUUCUGGCUCUGUAUACAAAGCAAUACUAAGGGAAACAACUGUAGCAGUCAAAGUGCUUAACCUUGAACGUCAAGGGGUGUCUAGGAGCUUCAUGGCCGAGUGUGAAGCCUUGGGAAGAAUCCAACACAGAAAUCUAAUCAAGAUUUUGACUUCUUGUUCAAGUGUUGAUUUUCAAGGCAACGACUUCAAAGCUAUAGUUUACGAGUUUAUGCCCUGGGGUAGUUUGGAGAGGUGGUUGCAUCCAGAUCCAAAAACAGAAAACCAUCAAGAUAAUCAAGCCAUGAGACUUAAUCUUCUACAAAGAAUAAACAUAGCGAUUGAUGUGGCUUCUGCACUAGAGUAUCUGCAUCGCCACUGCCAUACACCAAUUAUUCACUGUGACCUAAAGCCAAGCAACAUUCUUCUUGACGCAGACAUGGUUGCCCAUGUUGGAGAUUUUGGGUUGGCCAGGUUAAUGUUAGAAAUGAAUCCAAAUCAAAGCAAUUCUGUAGGUGUGAAAGGAACCAUUGGCUAUGUAGCUCCAGAAUAUGGGCUUGGAAGUGAAGUCUCAAGAGACGGGGAUGUCUACAGCUUUGGGAUCCUGCUAUUGGAGAUGAUGACAGGUAAGAGGCCAACAGAGUCGAUGUUUGAGGCAAGUCUCAAUCUUCUCACCUUUGCCAGGAUGGCUAUACCUGACCAUGUGAUGGACAUUGUGGAUCCAAAACUCUUGUACAAUGAUGAAGAAGAAGUGGUUGCCUUGACUAGCAACAAGAAGAGGGGGUCAACCACCCACCCAAUAAAUGGCAGUUACGAAAAUGAUUGCUUGAUUCGUAUGAUCAAGAUUGGAGUGGCAUGUUCUCUAGAGUCACCCCAAGAGAGGUUGGACAUAAGCAGUGUUGUUCAUAAAUUGAAUAUAACCAGGGACAUUUUUCAAGGACUUCGGAAGGGUAAUAAUGCUUAG